AUGCCAUCUCCAACGCAUUUCCGUGGUAUCCUGUUCCAGACCGCACCCGUCAUCUUCAACAACAUUGACCAAGCCCGGCGAGUAGCUCUCAUCGAUAGCAUUAUCACCGCGUCUAAAGCAGGCGAUGCUGUAAGCAUCGCGACUGCUCUGGCCAACUUGAACGCAUUCGAUGCAGAGUUUACUGUCGCAUCCCCAGGCCAAGUUGCCACAAAACAACGCGUCACAGAUUGGCUUGCUGGCGUCCAGGAGGCGCUGACGAAAUUCAUCUCGGAGCCACAACCCGUUUCGGCCAGCGACACUGUUUUCAUCGCAUCUAUUCCCGAAUUCGGGCUGAAUGCCUUCACGCUUCCCCGAAUGAAGGAAGGCAUUGACCAGACUGUCGGCAGCUUUGCCUCGGCCGCCAAUGUUAUUCCUGCGACACUCGAGGCGUACAUCGUUCAGGCCCUUCGCACUCUGCUCACCACCCACUUUAACACCAGACGUGUUCUGUUCGUCAUUUCAUGCUGCACAUAUGGUGUCGUCGAUAACAUGGUCCAUCGAGUAACUCUUCACCGAGAUGGGCCACUGAACAAUCCUGGCCACGAGAAGAUCGGCGGUCUCUCCCAAAUCACUGUCAUCCCUUCUCAACUCGGACUCGCUAUCAAGAAUAUCCCGAAAGAGCGACGCGUUCAGGUCGAUCAAUGGGAUUUGGAUAAAUUCGCCAACCUUUUCAACGUUAACUACGCGGCUGACAAUCGUCAGGCUCGCCUUCGCUUUGAUAUGGCGUUUCCAGGUGAUCCGCUUCCAGCUGCAACGCUUGGGUUUAGCACUUGUGCGGACGGGCAGCACGAGGACCAUCCUAACGUGAAUCUCUGCAUGUACCUCGGAGAUUCGUUUCCAUUGCAACAAAUUCGAGAUACGACACACUCCUUCUUACUUAACGACACUCGAGGGUGGAUCAGAGACAGCCAGCGCGACACCCUCUUCCGCACGGGAUUCUACCUAAUGCACGAUAACGCCAACCCUCCAUCGCCCGCGGACGUUAACCAAUUGAACAACAUCCUCAAGAUUGCGUAUACAAAGUGGGAGGAAACGUCGGUUUCCCGCAACUGGUUCUUCGGGCUUGUCAAAGGCGCCAAAAAGAUCGUCGUCACCCCCAGGCUGAUGGCAAGCUAUCCAUCCGAAGACCAUUUCAAGAACGCGAGCUGGUCUAAUUGCGAAUACGACCCGUCGGUCUUGAGCUCGAAGCACUUCUUCCCCAGCGUUGACCAUUCCGCGCAUGUACCUGGUCGCGACCCAACGCUGACCUUGGAUGAUUUGGGCCCUGUUAUUUGUCGCGCUACUAUACCCAUACCAAUCCCAGCUCGAGCCUAA